AAGAGGGCCUCGAGAAUGGCCCAAGACGGUCCAAGAUGGUCCUCCGUAGCCAUUUUGGCUCAAGCCAUUUUGGCUCAAGGGGCGCGGUGGCGAGACGACCUCGCGCCGCGGGUGACCAAGCCUCGGCACUAGUCGCGAGCACACCACCGAGGCUCACGCUUGAUCUUACGAUAGGACGAUGUUCUGAUGUUGUGGGGGUUCGGACCAGGUCGUCGAGGACAAGACCAAGGUGUUCUGGAGCGGACACCUCACCAAUGGCCACGAGGCGAGGAGGUGCCAUUGGCUGGCGCCCGCCAACGAGCGGGAGGCGGAUGUUCGGGCUUCGAUGCCGCCCUUCAACUUCGCCAAGGGGAUGUCUGUCCCAAGCCGUACAACGUACCAGCCUAUGGCCCGAACAUCUCCAGCGCGGUGAUGGACAUCUUCACGCUGGAAGAGAUCAAGAAAGUAUUCGAGAGCCUGGAGGUCCCAAUCCCUCCCUGCAAUCUCAGCAAGUUCGUUCAGGACAAGGCUGUAAAGGUUCUGGACAUGGUUGAAUACUGCGAGAAAACCCCAGCGAUUGCCCAUAAUAGUGCGGGUGCCACGCAGAAGCUGAUAUACUUCAUCGAAAAGUUUAAGGAGCUGGAUCCGUCGAUCACCACCGUGGCCGAUGGGGGGGCGUUUGUUAAUCGGCAUGCAAAUCUGGGCCGGCAGGCCAACUUGCAUGCCGAUUACUUGCUUGAUAAUUUCGGUUUCGAUAAAGAGGCGUCAGACCUCCUCAGGAAGACUGGGUUCGAAAAGGCCGAUGGCGAGAAUGUGAAUUUCGAGCAGCACGCGUUCCGCUGGCUCAGCAAAGCGUUUGGCGCCUACGGCCCCGAGGGGCUAUGGCUGAUGCUGUCAACUUGACGUUUGCAAUGAUGGGGAAGGAUUUCGAUGGCCUCACAUACAUCCAGAUCGUAGACACGAUCAAGUCGCUCAAGUCAAACAUACAGACCAAUAAUAUAAGUGGCCUAUGGAUGCCGAAUUAUUUGUUCAUGGAUGGCGAAUCGUAUGCCGGCCUAGUUUGGAUUCUGCUUCGCUACCUCUCGCAGUCGAAGGGUGCGGAGUCAAAACUUAGGUCCUCAUUCAGCUUUGCGAACGUUCAGAGCUCGAUUCCCUGGCUCAGACGUGGGGAAGCAAUCGCAACUGCGAGAUUUGGCGAGAUCCUGACGCGCGCAAUGAGAAGGCCUUGACGCGGCUGCACUUCGGGAAGAGCGUAGCUGGGGCUCUGUCCUAGAGGUAUCCUGAUGGCUUCUCCCCACCCUGUGGCAAUGACAAAUUAGGUUCGAAGAGGCCGUUUUGGCAAAUUGCGAUGCGUGACUUUGCUGAGCCUGACUGCUGGUGACUGGGCAACCAAGAGGGCCUUCAAGACGGCCCCAAGAAGGGCCCAAUCUGGGUUCCCCCCACCCUGGGGCCUCCUGACCCGCUCCCCGGCCGCUCCCUCGGCGUCAUUGGCAUUCAGGAGCUGGUCGCCCGUGCCCUCCCUCCAUCCUAUCUUCCAGACUCUCCUCGCCAUCAUUUUUAUUUGUUCAGCGGCGGGGGGUCUUCAGCGGGUCACCGGGUAUGCCACUCGCGCACGGGCGUGUCAGGCUGGUGGGCCGACUUGCAGGUGAGCUCCGCUUGCGGGCAUCAGCGCCUUUGCUUACAAAGACCGUUUUGUUUUCGGACGGUCCGAAGAGAUUCGCAGGUGACGUUCGCCUGUUGUCAGGAUUGCAAUAUCCGCUCAUUAAGACUCAGGAGCUGGUCGCUCGUGUCUUCCCUCCAUCCUACUUUCCAGACUCUCCUUGCCAUUACUUUUGAUUGAUCAGCGACAGGGAGUUUUCAGCGGGGC